AUGGCGCCCCCCGAGGUAAACGGAGCAGAAGCUGCAGCAGCAGGAGCUGCAGCAGCAGCAGAAGCAGCAGCAGGAGCAGCAUCAGGAGCUUCUGCUGCUGCUGCUUCUCGUCGAGAGAUGUUGAUUCUUAGGACGUGCCGCGAGGUGUGUGUACAUCGGGAUUGCUGCAGCAAUUUGCGUGAUGGGUACAGCCCUAGUUGUGGGGUAUUAGCAGCAACAGCAGAACAGCAGCAGCAGCAAGCAGCAGCAGCAGCAGCAGGUGAGGGCCCCCUUGUAGGCCCUCGACGUCGAUUAGGCUUCGUGCCUACAUUAGGGGGUCUUCAUCAGGGGCAUAUAUCUUUAAUUAGAGCAGCAAGAAGAAUGUGCGAUGAAGUCUGGGUGUCUAUAUUCCUAAACCCAACACAAUUUCAAAGGCAAGAGGACUUUGAGUCUUAUCCGAUGAACAUAGACGAAGACAUCACUAUGCUCAGAGCUACGGGCCUCGUAGAUGUUCUAUUCCUCCCUACUGCAGCAGAGAUGUAUCCUCAUUAUAAUGCUGCUGCUCCUGCUGCUGCUGCUGCUGCUGCUGCUCCGCCUGUGGGGUGUAAGCUGCAAGGGGCCCCUUUUGCGCAUUUGCUGCUGAACUUCGAUCGCAUUGAAGCUGUUGAGGCUUUAUACAAAGCAGGCGUUCGAGAUAUUGCUGCACUAGAAGCAGCAGCAGCAGCAGCAGCAGCAAGAGUCGGCAUCACGCUGCAGUAUAUAGCCUUCAACAGACAGGCAGAUGGGGCCCCCCUCACGCCUCCUUGGGGCCUCGAAGACCAGCAGCAGCAGCAGCAGCAGCAGAAGGAGGGCCCCUUGCUGCUGCCUGUUAAUGAUGAGAUUUGCGUUUCUGUUGCUUUUGCUGCUGCACCCGACUGCAGCAUUGUGGAUAACUUCGUUCUAUCAGAUACAGACAAAUUUGGCGAUUUGCUGCCGCUCUGCCCUAACAGCCCUGAAGCAGUCCCUCCGCCUCCUGCUGCUGCUGGUGGUGGUGGUGCUGCUGCUGCUUUGCUGCCUCUGCAUGCAGCCCCAUGUGUGCUGCUGCUGCGCUCCAUGUCUCUUCGCAUCCUCCACAAAGCACCCCCAGCAGCAGCAGCAGCAGCAGCAACGGCAGCAGCAGCAGCAGAUUGGGAGGAGACAGUAGAGCAGCUAGAGCAGCUGGAGCUGGGGGAUGUCGCUGUCUCUUCUUUAUCUGCAGCAGAGAGACAAAAGGCAUGGCCCUGGGCUUCGACCGACGCAGCAGCGCAUAACUAUUUGCUGCUGCUGCAGCCUCAGCAGCAGCAGCAGCAGCAGCAGCAACAGCAGGGGCUGCGGAGGCCAGGCCCUGCAUGCAAAUUAAUAGGGUAUAUUGCUUAUAGAGGCUACCACGAAAAUAAAACUGUUCAUAUCUCUCGCCUCUUUAUUAACUCUACUGAGAGAAGAAAAGGAAUUGCAGAGGCCUUCUUUUGUGCAGCAAUCCUCAUACUACACCAGCAGCAGCAGCAGCAGCAGCAGCAGCAGCAGCAGCAGCAGCAGCAGCUGCAGCAGGUGACGUGCUUCGUGCCUCAGCUCGCUAGUAAAGUUGUUCAGGGCUUGGGGUUCAAAGAAAUGCAGAAGAGCCCCCCAAAGGGGGGCCCCCAGGGGCCCCCAGCUAUUGCUGUCUCCCUCGAUGUCCCCGCCUUUGUGCAGCACUUGCUGAGGCCCUAA